CAGCACCCAGCAGGUAGCGCAAGAAGAUAAAUAUACACUUCGAUCUUAUCCUUCCAGAAACUAAAAGCUUGGCCAUGGCUAUGGCUAAAAAGGGAGCAAGCAGCCUUCUCCUACUCAGCCUCUCCUCCUACCUCCUCUGUGUUGCCCAUGCCGCCACCUCGCUUAGCUUCAGCUACAACUUCUCCGACGCCGGCGUCCUAACCGGCGCCGACCUCACGUACAUGUCCAACGCCACUGCCGCCAGCGAUCGGAUCGACCUGACCAAGGACACGACCUGGAGCACCGGCCGGGUGGCGUACGGGCAGCCCGUGCCGCUGUGGGACAACAGCAGCACCGGCAAUUCCAUGGUCGCCAGCUUCACCUCCAACUUCACCUUCGCCAUCACGCCACACAACAGCACUUUCGGCCAGGGCGACGGCAUGGCGUUCUUCGUGGCGCCGUACCCGCCGUCUCUGCCGCAGGACUCCAACGGCGGCUUCCUGGGGCUCUUCAACAACCCCAACAACACGGCCAACGCCUACUUCCCGCCGACCGUCGCCGUGGAGUUCGACGCGUUCAGGAACACCUGGGACCCGGAGAGCACCGUGAACCACGUCGGCGUCGACGUCAACAGCAUCGUCUCCGCCGCGUACGCGGCGCUGCCGGACGCGAGCUUCAACGGGACCAUGUCGGCGUGGGUCAGGUACGACGCCAGCGCGAGCACGCUCUCGGCGACGCUGCGGUUCGACCACCUGCCGGAGCUCGGCCUCUACAACGUCAGCGCCACCGUCGACUUCAAGGAAGCCGGGCUGCCGCAGCAAGCGGCGGUCGGGUUCUCCGGAGCCACCGGAGAUUUCGUCGAGCGGCAUCAGAUCCUUUCGUGGUCGUUCGAGUCCGCUCUCGUCAGCGUCGCCGCCGGUGACAACACGACCGGAACCAAAACAUCAAACAUAGGCCUAAUAGCCGGACUGGCAUGUACUGGGAUCUUCAUACUACUCAUUGUAGCAGCGUGGCUCAGCUACAACAAAUACCUGAAACAAAGGGGCGCCAAACAAACACAAGAACCACCUCAAAACACAGAGACUCCCCUCCACCUCGAUGGAGAAAUGGACGACGAGUUCGAGAUGGGGGCCGGGCCUCGGAGAUUCACCUACAACCAGCUGUCACAGGCGACGCGAGGUUUCUCCGACGAGGAGAAGCUCGGCGAGGGUGGCUUCGGAUCAGUCUACCGUGGGUACCUGCAGGAUCAAGGUCUCCAUGUGGCCAUCAAGAAGGUCUCCAAGACGUCGAAGCAGGGGAGGCGAGAGUACGUCUCCGAGGUCACCAUCAUAAGCCGCCUCAGGCACCGUAACCUCGUGCAGCUCGUCGGGUGGUGCCAUGACGCCGACGAGCUCCUGCUCGUCUACGAGCUCAUGAGCAAUGGCAGCCUUGACAAGCAUCUCUAUAGCACAGACAACAUUCUUACAUGGCAAGUCAGGUACGACAUUAUCCUUGGCAUGGGGUCUGCGCUCCUGUACCUUCACCAGGAAUGGGAGCAGUGCGUGGUGCACAGGGACAUGAAGCCGAGCAACGUGAUGCUGGACUCGUCGUUCAACGCCAAGCUAGGGGACUUCGGCCUGGCGCGCCUCGUCAACCACAGCCGCGCCGCGCACACCACCUGGCUCGCCGGCACCAUGGGCUACAUGGACCCAGAGUGCGUGGUCACCAGCCGCGCCAGCGUCCAGUCCGACGUCUACAGCUUCGGCGUCGUCCUCCUCGAGGUCGCCUGCGGCAGGAAGCCCGUCGUACUGGAGGAGGAAGACGAGAGCAGAGUGCUGCUCGUGCAGUGGGUCUGGGAUCUGUACGGGAGGGGCGAGCUCCUCGACGCGGCGGACCCCCGGCUGAACGACGGCGGCGGCGGCGGUGGGUUCCAGCCGCUGGAGAUGGAGCGGGUGCUAUGCGUGGGGCUGUGGUGCGUGCAUCCGGACUACGCGUCCCGGGCAUCGAUCCGGCAGGCCAUGAGCGUGCUCCAGUUCGAGGCGCCAUUGCCGGAGCUCCCGCUGGAGAUGCCGGUGGCGACGUAUGGGCCGCCUGUUGCCAGGGGUCACAAUUGGUCAAGCACCACGUCGUCGUCCGCAAGUGCCAACACCGGAGGCCACUCGUCGACUAGUGACCGGACGGCGGAACACUCGUUAGGCUCGUCGGACAAGAGCAGCACCCAUGGCCUUUUGUCACUUCCAAGUUCCAACACGAGGAGUGCGACGAAAUAAGGAGUUUUUCGGUGUAUGAUACUGUGAGAAGAGAAAUAUGUAAAUUGCGUAUGGAACAGGGUUGAUCCUGGACACUGAAUGCCUGACCUGUAAAGUUCUAGGAUGUUGCCUAUAGCAAGUUCGCCUAAUUUAGUGACUGAAACUGGUAUGGCCAAUUGGAGGAUACUAUUUCAUCGAUGGCCUUUAGAGUUUACACCGAGACUUGUCCUAAAUUAACCCUAUCGGUUUCCUUGUUUA